GCUUCCUGUCAAGAUGGCGGAUAGCCUCCCUUCGGAGUUUGAUGUGAUCGUAAUAGGGACGGGUUUGCCUGAAUCCAUCUUUGCAGCUGCAUGUUCAAGGAGUGGCCAGAGGGUUCUGCAUGUUGAUUCAAGAAGCUACUAUGGAGGCAACUGGGCCAGUUUUAGCUUCUCAGGUCUGCUUUCCUGGAUAAAUGAAUAUCAGGAAAAUAAUGAUAUCAUCAUUGAAAGUUCCAUGUUGCAAGAACAGAUCCUUGAAAAUGAAGAGUCCAUUGCUCUUAGUAGGAAGAACAAAACAAUUCAAAAUGUGGAAGUGUUUUGUUAUGCCAGCUUUGUUGAGUAUCGGCCACUCGCCUCUACUAGUAAUGAGAGCAUUGGUGAAGCCUACCCUGCUCCCCACUGUUUCAGAAAUCUUAUUGACCCACACCCCACCACUUCCACCACUUCCUAUGAGAAAAUACCAUUUUGUGAAUUUUUAAAAACUCAAAAACUAACCCCCAGCCUGCAAUAUUUUGUGCUGCAUUCGAUUGCAAUGACAUCAGAAACAAACAGCAGUACCAUAGAUGGUCUCAAAGCUACCAAAAACUUUCUUCAUUGUCUUGGGCGAUAUGGAAAUACUCCAUUUUUGUUUCCCUUGUAUGGUCAAGGAGAACUGCCCCAGUGUUUCUGCAGGAUGUGUGCUGUCUUUGGAGGAAUCUAUUGUCUUCGCCAUUCUAUACAGUGCCUUGUAGUGGACAAAGAAUCUGGAAAAUGUAAUGCAGUCAUCGAUCACUUUGGUCAGAGAAUAAACUCUAAGCAUUUCCUUGUGGAAGACAGUUACUUUUCUGAGAGUACAUGCUCACAUGUGCAAUAUAGGCAAAUUUCCAGGGCAGUCCUAAUUACAGAUAGAUCUGUAUUAAAAACAAAUUCAGAUCAACAGAUUUCCAUUUUGACAGUACCAGGAGAGGAACCGCAAACUUUUGCUGUUCGGGUCAUUGAGUUGUGUUCCUCAACAAUGACUUGCAUGAAAGGCACCUAUUUAGUUCAUUUGACUUGUACGUCUUGCCAAACAGCAAGAGAAGAUUUAGAACCAGUUGUGCAGAAAUUGUUUAUUCCAUAUACAGAAAUGGAGAUAGAAAAUGAAGAUGUUGAGAAGCCAAGAAUUCUAUGGGCUCUCUACUUCAACAUGAGAGAUUCUUCAGGAGUCAGCAGAAACUGUUACAUUAAUUUACCACCUAAUGUUUAUGUCUGCUCUGGCCCAGACUGUGGUUUAGGAAAUGAUAAUGCAGUCAAACAGGCUGAAGCACUUUUCCAGCAAAUCUUCCCAAAUGAAGAUUUCUGUCCACCCCCGCCAAAUCCUGAAGAUGUUGUUAUUGAUGAAGACAGUUCACAUCCAGAAGCUUUGGAAUCCAGUGUCCUACCAAAGCCUAACACAGAGACUCUCAAGGAAACUACAAGCCUUACAAAACCAGAGGAAUCCUCUGAAUAAUGAAUAUGCACCAAACAUGACACCCUACUUUUGAAAUUCUUACUAGCUUCAGAGUCUUCUUGGUACAGUGAGUGUUUGAAAAAUUUCAGAUAAUAUCAGUCAGUUGGUAGGCAGAAUUAUAAAAAGAAACAGAUCACAGAAAGCUAAAAGGUGAUUUUCCUUAAAGAGGACAUUACAAGCACGUAAAAUACUUAUAAUUGCCUAUUUUCAAAUAUCAAACCUGGGCUGGUGAUAUAGCUCAGCAGCAUAAGUGCCUGCCUGGCAAGCACAAGGUCCCAAAUUCAAUCUCUGAUACAAAAGAAAAAAAAAACUAUAAGAUUAGGAGAUAAAAAUUAUAAAUGACUGAUUUCCAAGUAUGUAGCUGUAGAUGCAAAAGUGAUCCAUUUUUAAUAAUUCUGUAAGGAUGACUUCGUCUGCAAUAUGGAUUGUUGUAAAAACUGCAUCUUUGAAUCAAUUCACAUAUUACCUUUGAUUAUUUGAAUUACAUUUUUCUUGGAUGUGAGUGUCAUAAUACUAAAGUUAAAAUAUAUAUAUAAAUUCAAAGGAGAAAACUAAAAUAUCUAGACAUGAACUUAGAAAUAAAUUUAUUUUAUUUUGUUUUCUAUGUUAACAAAAUUUCUAAUAAUGACAUUUGUAGACAUUUUAUAGACAAAUCAUGAUUUCUAAGAAGUGGCUUUAUUAGUAGUAGUGAUAUGUGUGUGUGAAUCAUGUAAAAACUAGGAAAGCUAAACAUUGAAGAAGUGAAACAAUAAAAGGAAAGAUUUGGAUAUAAUCACUGAUAUUUGAAGAUAAUAAUAAGUCAAGUAACUAGAACACCAGCCUAAUUGUCUAUGGACCUAAUUUGAGCCCUGGCUCAGCUACCGAUACUAUCAGGUACACUGUUUUAAUUUGUCAACCUCAGUUUCUCCAGUUACAAGUGAAAAUAGUAAUCUUCAGCCUUUUGUAGGAGAAUGAGUGUGAAGAUAAGUUCAGUGCCAACCUUAGAACGCUUCUUCUGAAAAAAAGUUGUUUAAGAAUUUUCUCGUGGACUUGGGCAUCAAUAUCAAAAAACUUCAUGUGAGAAAUAAUUGCUUAUUGCCAAUUCCCUGAUAAAACAAAUCAGUGGGUUUUUUUAAAAUUGCAUUAAGCUUCUUAAAUUAAAACAUGUUUACUAAAUUAAUAUUUAAUAGUCUUUGUAAGCCAUUAGACCCAAUGUUGUGGUUUACAUCUAAUAUGUCACAAAAAAAUCCUGUAUUUGGAGAUUGGGCCUUGUUGGAAGAAAUAGUUCAUUGGAGGUAUAACCUAAAAGGGUGUAUUCUUGACCCAGCUUCUCCUUUCUCUUUCUGUACCCCGGUUGCCAUGGGUUAAGCACCUUUUGUCUACUAUGCCCUUCCACCAUGGUGCUUCUGCUUCAAAACUAGUCAAACUUGUACUGAAUCCCCAAAAUCCAAAACCAAAUUAAACUUCACCUCCUUUAUAGCAUGUAUGUUAGGUGUUUUUGUCUCAGCAGUUGAAAAGUGAAUAGAGAUAAUUGGUAGCAGAGAACUAAGGUCAGUGCUGUGACUCUGGUUUGAAGCUUUUAGAACUAUUUUACAGGAGGCACUUAGAAAGGUUGAGAUGUCAGCUAGAAAAGCCUUGAGCUAUAAUCAGAACUUCUUACACAAUUCUAGUAGGAGCUCAGAAGUCAGGAAUGUUGAUAGGAAUGCAGACAGUGAAAGCCAGGCCCACAAGGUUUUAGAUGUAAAGAAGCCUAUGUUAUCUGCAAUAGAGACCAUGUGUGUUUCAUUCUGACAAAGAAUUUGUCUACAUUUUAUCCAUGUUUUAGGACUGUUUGUGAAGCUAAAUUUAAAAGUAGCAGACUAAUUCAUAUCGUGGAGGAAAUUGCAAGGUAGCUGAAUAUUUCAAGCUGUAGUAUGAGUACCUCUGGCAGCUUUUAGUCACAUUUUAAAGAGAAUUGGGCAAAAAUUAGAGCUGCACUAUUUUAAAAAUUUAUAGUUUCACCAGAAAAGAAACCUUGUUGCCAAGGAGAGCAUGGUUCAUGAAAAUGUUAGCAUCUAAACAAAGCCAUUAUUUUGCAGAAGGAAAAUAGGAAAUAUUACUUGAAGUUAUCUCAGGAACUGACCAGACUCCUAAUCUUUGCAGGCUCAAAUGUAUAAAAGGGGAAAAACUAAUUUGAAAAACUUUGCUUGGGGAAGAGAACGUUAGGUGCCCUGUUCAUUCAGGUGUCCCUAUGGAAAUGUUUCCCUGACUUCAGACAGCCAAGUACUCAGAUUUCUUCAGCCAAGAUCCGAGAAGUAUAACACUAGUGGCAGAUCUUGGCACCAUCUAUGUGGUGCUGGUUGUUUAGACAUACAAAAUACAAGAGUUGUGAAAUUGAGGCUGCCACCAGAUUUCAAAAGAAGGCUUGUGAGGCCAGGCAAAAUUGUGUGACAGGAUCACUCUCUGCCUGGUGCCCUGAGAGGGCAAUCCUAAAGUUGGAAAAGUGGAGCCAGGACUCCAGUGACCAACCCCAGGAGUUGUAGAUGCCAGAAAUACGGAAUGUCUGCUGAGGAAAGCUGCAGGCAGCAAACGCCCAGCCUGAGAAAGGUCACAUGUGUUGCAAUGGGCAAUGCAAUAGGGGCCAAGCCUUGCUAGCCUUUUGGUGCUUACCUAUUGCCACAAACUUCCUUGGGUGCUGGACAUGUAGAUACAGAAUUUAGUAAUUUUUCUUGCUAAGUUUUAGUCUUCUUUUACUCCAAUUCCUUUCUUUUUUAUUAAUUUUAUUGAGAAAGAAAUAACAACAAGAUAAUUCCAAUUCCUUUAUAACCCCUAUUACCUUCCUUUUGGAUUGUGAAAUUUUAUCUGUCAGUGCUUACUAGAGAAAGAUUUAAUAUAAGAUAUACAAGUAUAUAAGAACUUAUAAGAUUGGUUUACAGUCAUUGCCCACAAUCUGGUGUAGAAGACUACACAAGGGAGAUUAAAAGGGUUUAGUUGAAAGCAUAGAGCUCACUGUUGUGUCCCAUGUGAGUCCAUAUCAGGAGACCAAAAGGUUUCUGAUGGAAGGUUGAAGGACCUGCACUGGAAUGCUGAAGAGUCUAUGCUGGAAGCCAGAAGACAUUUUCCAAGGUGAAGGUGAAGACUGGAGUGUCUCUGAAGGAAAACAAGGAAGCCUUCCUUCUUUAUGUCCCUUUUAUACUAUUCACGUGACAGACCUCACUAGAGUAGGUCUUCAAUAAAUCCCUUCAGCCACACCCAGAACUGUGCUGAUCCUAUUUAGUUAUGCAUUUCUUACUCGUGUAGACACAGUCAGCUGACUCAUAGUUUGUUUACCCUCAUCCAUUAUAUGUUCCACGUAUUUAACUUUCUUUCUGGUUUUUACAGGGGUACACAGCUAAGAGUUGCCUUGAAUUUCAGAGGAGACUUUGAACUUGAACUUUUCAGCAGUGUGAGAAUUCCUUAAAACUAUGACAACUCUUAGAUAUGGUCUAGAUGCAUUUUAUAUGAUAAGAAAGACAUAGAUCUUUGGAGGGGCAGGGGUGGAGUGCUGCUCUUCAGAUCCAGAAAUCUUACAUAUUCUGAAGUAGGGCUGGGUUGGAAGAGGCUGGUUAUUAGAUGCUUGGCUUAGAAACAUAUUCUUUUCCCUAGCCCCUACCUUAUCUUGGCUACCAUAAGUUGAGAGGCAUUCCUCCACCAUGCCCUUCUACCAUGUUGCUUCUGCCUUGGAACCACCCACUCAUGACCUGAGUCUCCCAAAACCAUGAGCCUUUAAAUUGUGAAUGUAAGAUAUUUUGUCAAAGUAACUGGGACACCUUACUAAUAUGCAUAGUAACAUAUGUAAUUAUAGUUUGAAAUCUUACUAAGGAAAACACCAUAAUUUCUACAUAGUCCUUUUCUGGUAGGUAAAUGUGAAACCAUACAGGACACUAAGUGCUAUAUGAUAGUUCAUAAAGCGUAUGAACUUUCCAUGAGGCGACAAGUCUAGUCAUGGUAACAGUGCCUAUAUUUAAAUUUUCCCACUGACAGCCUCUAUUUUGAGCAAUAAUUUGUACUUUAAAUUGCACAUAUCUAAGCUAGGUUUUCUUGCUGCAUAGUCUGUCCUGUAUUGCCUAUCAGGAAACCACGCCUCCAGUGCCAAGCACAUAGUCCUUAUACACAUCUGCUGCAGGUAGUCUCUAGCCUCACAAGUUUUCUGAGGUCUUAAAGGAAACUAAGUAUGACAGGUUACAGAUCCAUUGGAAUGGAAAUAGUGAAGAAAUGUAGAUGUUGAGUCAUCUUUCCACCCUUUGGUAAUACAGGUGAAAACAGCAUAAGAGAAAAACUUCCCAGCUGCUGAGCCUGUUUUCAUCUCUUCUUUUAUGUGAGAGUAUUGAAUUUGAAUACAGCCUAUGAAGUUAUAAGUAAAAGUAUUAUUCUGUAUUAGACACUUACAGUCAAGGCCUCCUGAAUGCAAUAUACACAUUUAUGUAAACAAUAUUGAGUUAGAGUAAGCAGAAAGUUGAUAAUAAAGUCACUGGAGCUGUCUAUGUAAAAAAUGAGAUAUUUUAUACUUUUAUAGCAUGAAACACAUGCACCCUGUUUCAUCUUUUUAUUGAAUAUUGAAAUCAUUGAAAGCUACUCAAUAUAAUUAGUAAAGAGUAAAAUCCUAUCCAAGUGCUAAUUUGCAAAUGAUAAGACAUGUUAAAUUCAUGUACCGGUGUCCCAAAAUGACCAUUGUAUAUUAUUUACAUGCUCUAAUUUUAAAACUUAAAGCAACUGAAAUAACAAAAAUUCAAAUGCUUUCUCUUUAGUUUUCCUAAUUGCUGUAAAUAAAUAUUUGUUUUCAUAAUUUUAAAAGAAAAAAAACUUUUGAAUUUGUUUCAAAAUGUUGAGGCUGAAAUCAAGUGAAUCAAAUUAGCGUAUAUAAUGCAAAUUUUUCUGUAAUUUAAGAUUUUGAAACUUGUAAUUCUCAAAUAAUUUUGGCUAAUGUUUAAAAUGUUUACUUAUGCAUGUUUUUGCUAGUAAAAAGUUAUCCAUUUAGAUUGAUGAGAACCAAUAGUCAGUGAUUCUGUGUUUCUGUAACGUUUUCUAGUUGAUGUGCCUGCCCAGAGAAAAACAUAUAUAAUAAAAAUCAAUUUAUAUAUUUUUCUACAGUAAAACGGCUAUAUUAAUGGAUAACUUCUACAACAGUGGUACUUUCUGAGAUUGUCCAGAAAAGUACCCAUGAUUCUUAAUUUAAUUAUAGAUAAUAACUAACUUAUUUCUGGCUCAUACUUUGGUGGAUUGGCUGCCAUUAUCUAAAGUCCUAUAGAGUUCCAAAAAUACUGAGAUUAAAUUGCUAAUAGUGAUUAUUAAAGGAAGAAUUAUAGCAACUUUAUUAUAAAUUGGUUAUUUAGUGCUAUUGGUUUCAAAGCUUUUUUCUUUGUAAAGUUUCUUUUACAUAUUUCAAAAGUAUGAAUUUAAAAAGGUAAUA